UGUGACUGCUGAAUUUGGCUGGCAGCCCGGCAGCAGCCACCCGCGCGAUACUCACGAGUGUCUUGAAUCUCUCCUCCAGCAAUCCCACACAUCUCCAACCACCAACGACCAUCAACACCAAUACGUCAAAAUGGGAAAAGGAAAGCCAAGAGGACUCAACUCCGCGCGAAAGCUCCGCACUCACCGUCGUGACAACAGAUGGGCGGAUCUGUCUUACAAGAAGCGUCUUCUCGGAACCGCCUUCAAGUCCUCGCCCUUCGGUGGCUCUUCCCACGCCAAGGGAAUCGUUCUUGAGAAGGUCGGAAUUGAGGCCAAGCAGCCCAACUCCGCUAUUCGCAAGUGCGUUCGUGUCCAGCUCAUCAAGAACGGCCGCAAGGUUACCGCUUUCGUCCCCAAUGACGGUUGCUUGAACUUUGUCGACGAGAACGACGAGGUCCUCCUCGCUGGAUUCGGUCGUAAGGGUAAGGCUAAGGGUGAUAUUCCUGGUGUCCGAUUCAAGGUCGUCAAGGUCUCUGGUGUCUCGCUCUUGGCCCUGUGGAAGGAGAAGAAGGAGAAGCCCCGUUCAUAAAUUAUUUCGUUGUUGGUUAUUUCGUUUUUUUGUAUCAACAUUUGUCAUGGCUUGUGAAUAAAAGUAUAUGUAUAAAUUGAUAAUAGUUCAUGGAUCAUGGAUCA